UUUUCAUUUCACACAUACUUGUUUGACUAGAAGCAAACAGCGAACUAAGCAUGGCAAAGAUGAGUCUCUCCUCCUACAUAUUAAUACUAACUUUCUCUUUGUUUUCUCAAGGCAUUUUAUUUUCAGCUUCCAAGUCCAUAAGGAAUUUAGAAGACGACAUGGUAUUUAAUACAUUUAGGAUGGGAAAGGCCUUACAGAAGGAAGACACUGCUGAAAGAUCGGUCGUUGCUCCUUCUCUGGAACAAUAUAAAAACGAUGAGAAUGGUUUCAUGAACGAUGAGGACAACAAAAAUUCUAAGAACACAGGCUCCAAACAUAAUUUCAUAAACCAUGGUCUGCCGCUGAAUCUGGCUCUCAAGCCUUAUCUUGCACUGAAAGGAUCUGUAGCUUUUCCGGCUGAGAAUGGGGUGCAGAAUAUUGAAUCAAUACAAGAAAAGAGAGAAAUUGGGGAUGAAGAAAACUCAGCUAAAUUUCCGAUAGGAAGGAGAGAUUUUGACAUGCUCAGGUGUAUGCUGGGCAGAGUCUACCGACCUUGCUGGCAAGUCUGAUACCUGCUGGUCCACAUCAUCUUCUCAGAAGAAACAAAACCAUUUCAUUGCCAAUGAGGAGAAAAGCCCUUCGUGUUAUUGUAAUUUGUGUUAUUAUUUUAAACAUCUCCCUUAAAAGAAAGCUGUGUUAAGAUGUACUCG